AUGCACCAACGCACAUUAAUCUCCGCCUCGAGGGGCCUUAUCUCUCGCCGCGCUUCUGCAGCAUCCUUCAACUGCACAUCGUGCCCAACGUUCUUUGGCUUCGCUGUCCGCCGAUCCCUCGCAACACUUCCGAACCUCCCUCUUUUCCGUGCGCUGAAAAACCACGACCCCGCUCGUCUCGCAGUUGUACAUAACCCGUCCUUCCGAUCAUUUACGUACGGGAACCUUGUCGCAGAUGUAGUCAAAGCACAGGAUCAGCUGUGGAAUUCAUCUGGCCGUGGACGAGAUGGGCUUCGGGGUGAACGAAUCGCAUUUCUGGCGGAGAAUAGCUACGACUACGUAGUGAUCUUGCUUUCUAUACUUGCGAGCGAUGCCAUUGCAGUCCCUCUGUCGACUGGGUUUCCAAUUCACGAGUUGAAGUAUAUCAUGAAUAACUCCCAGGCCGGAAUGUUGGUUGCUACGGAGCGGUAUGCGGAUAUGGCGGAGAAGAUUAUGGAAGGAGAGUUGGAUCGACAGCCUAUUCUUGACAUGCGUGGGAAGAUUAGAACCGGUAGCUCCGAUGUUGGGGCUGUAGAGUUGGAAGGUCUCGAUGGGAACAGUGGUGGGAUGAUGCUUUAUACGUCUGGGACAACGAACAGGCCGGUACGACUCCUGGCGGAUCUAGCGGAUGGUGUGGUGAUCCCGCAGUCUGCGCUCGCGUCGCAGGCGGCGUCGUUGCUAGAAGCAUGGAAGUAUAGCCCGGGUGACAGGCUCCUACAUCUCCUUCCCCUGCAUCAUAUCCAUGGAACAGUGAACGCAAUUAUAACGCCAGUCCUAUCUGGGUCCUCGAUCGAGUUUAUGUUCCCAUUUAAUCCCACCGCGGUGUGGAACCGUCUCGCCGAGCCAUUUCUACCAGAGGGAACAAAAGACAAAAUCACAUUCCUCAACGCUGUGCCAACGAUUUACAACAGACUCCUAUCAACCUUUCCCACUCUUUCACCUCAGGUUCAGUCGGCAUCCAAAGUCGCCAUUUCCCCCGAACAUCUCCGGCUCAACAUCUCCGGCUCCGCGGCGCUCCCAACACCUACUAAAAAGGCCUGGCAGGAUCUCAGCAACGGUAACGUCUUGCUUGAACGCUAUGGGAUGACAGAGGUCGGGAUGGCGCUUAGUUGCGGACUUGACUUUACAGACCGCGUUGACGGCAGCGUUGGCUGGCCUCUACCAUCCGUUGAAGUCCGACUCGUUGACACCGACACAAACAAGGUCAUCCAACCUGGCGAGGAAAUUGAUGGUAGUGGCCGCGCUCGCGAGGGAGAAAUCCAGCUUCGCGGCCCUACCAUCUUCCGCGAGUACUGGGGCAACGAGAAAGCGACGCAAGAAACGUUUGCCCCAGACGCCGACGGUAAGGGACCCUGGUUCAAAACAGGCGAUGUCGCAACCCGCCGCUCUGUGGAGACCGCUGGGCUAGGGAAGAGCGGUGAAUGGGCUAAGGGCCCAAUGUAUUUCAUUCAGGGUCGACGCAGCGUCGACAUCAUCAAGGUCGGCGGGGAAAAGGUCAGCGCGCUGGAGGUUGAGCGGGAAUUGCUUUCGCUGUAUGUCCAUCAAGUUUUGCCCUCUUCUCUACAAGAACUAAUUGAGGUUACCAGGCCGCAAAUCGCUGAAGCAGCCGUCGUCGGUCUCCCUUCUGAGCAAUGGGGCCAAAAAGUCGUGGCCAUUGUCGUCCUUAAUUCUGAGGUUGCUGCGAGGACAGGCCGGAAUGGGAAGUCCUGGGGGGUCCUCGAUAUGCGGUGGGCGUUGAAGGACCGCCUUGCAGCGUAUAAGUUGCCGUCUGAGAUGAAGGUUUUGGAGGGGGCGAUUCCAAGGAAUGCAAUGGGAAAGGGUACAGUUCUUCUACUCACAUCCUUUACUUCUUUAGUCCCCUGCUAA